AUGAUCCAUGCGGCUGCUCCCCAUUUUCUGUGGCCGUUCGCGGUUCAGUACGCUGCGCAUCAGAUCAACCUUCAGCCUCGUGUCUCCUUGCCGGAGACCACACCUACUCUGCGGUGGACGGGGAAGGUUGGCGAUGCGUCCGCGUUCCGUGUCUGGGGAUCUCGAGCUUUUGUCCGCGAUACUACAGCGGACAAGCUGUCCUCCCGUGCCGUUCCCUGUGUCUUCCUUGGCUUCCCUCCUGACGCACCCGGGUGGCAGUUCUACCACCCCAGCUCGCGUCGUGUUCUGUCCUCUCAGGACGUCACGUUUGACGAGUCGGUGUCGUACUACCGUCUCUUUCCCUACCGCACUGCCUCUCCCCCUCCCCCGCCGCUCUUCCUUGCCCCAGGUACUCCUCCGGUAGACCCCCUCCCCCCCCAGGGUCCUGCCCCCUCAGGUGUGUCCCAGGUAGACCCUGACGAGCCGGUCGAGGUAGCUGUCGACUCAGGUGCUGCUAGGGGUGCUGACCCUGCGGGUGCGGGGACUGGGGGUGCUGAGACGGGGGGUGCUGAGUCUGGGGGUGCUGAGACUGGGCGUGCUGAGCCUGGGGGUGUGGCGCCUGAGGGUACUGUGUCUGGAGGUGCUGAGCCUGCGCGUGUUGAGUCUGGAGGUGCUCUGGGUGUCCCGUCGCAGCGGGAGCCCCUCUCUCCACAGCGGCUUCAUGAGUGGUACUCUCGGAGCUGUCGGGUUGCUGCUGGAGGUGCUGCUGGUGCGGGUGCUGCUGGAGGUGCUGGCGCUGCUGGAGGUGGUGCUGGUGCUGGAGCUGCUGGAGGUGCUGCUGGUGCUGGAGCUGCUGGAGGUGCUGCUGGUGCUGGAGCUGCUGGAGGUGCUGGUGCUGCUGGAGGUGGUGCUGGUGCUGGAGCUACAGGAGGUGCUGCUGGUGCUGGAGCUGCUGGAGGUGCUGCUAGGACUGGAGACCCUGAGGCUGAGGGUACCGGUUCUGUCUCUGCUGUUUCUCGAGGCGCUGCGCGGCCGCGGCCGUACUACGUUCCGCUUCUUCAGCAGGUUCUUGGCUCCCCACCUUCUCCUGGUCCUCCUCCUCCUUCCUUGAGUCCACCGCCUGUCCCGUCUCAGUCGCAGUUACAGCCGGCCUCUCCGCUGCCUGGUCCUUCUCCUUACUCUGGUCCGACUAGAGGUCUUACGGAGCGUCGUGAGCCUGAGUCGCGUCCUGUGUCGCCUGCGUCUCGUUCUACGUCGCCUGUCCGUUCUGUUCGCGCUGGUCGUGUUUCGCGUCCGCGUCUUCCUCCUGUCCCUGGCACUCACUCUAUGACUUUGCGUCCUUCCACUGCUCCACAGCGUGUCCCUCUGCCCUCUCCUCCUGCGUCCUCUCUUCCUGACGGUCCGGACCCGGAGUCUGACUCCCUUCGUGCUGCUAGUCCUACUGUCACGCGCUUUCUGGCCACUGCUGUCACUGACCCCCUGUUUGAGUUCUCUGCUACGUCUGCUCUUGUUGCUGAGCUUGUUGACUUUGCUGCACCCUGUCGCCUAGACUACGCCGCUAGUCUUGUUGCUGAGUCUGCGUCUGUGUCUGUCUGUCCUCCGUCCGUCGGGGGUGAGUGUGCUCUUGGCACGGACGUCCUUGAGGACAGGCAGGAGGACCUUGAGUGCUUUGCUGCUGCUUCACCUCAUCUCGUGUCCAUGCUGCUUGCCCCUGAGGGAGACCCGGAUGCACUAGACAUCCCGACCCCGCGCUCUUAUGCAGAGGCGAUAGAGGGUCCCUACUCCUCCCAGUGGCAGGCAGCCAUGGACGCAGAGAUGGCUUCUUGGAAGUCCACAGGCACCUACGUAGACGAGGUUCCCCCACCUGGGGCGAACAUCGUCAGUGGCAUGUGGAUCUUCAGGGUGAAGCGGCCGCCGGGUUCUCCGCCUGCCUUCAAGGCGCGUUACGUUGCACCCUUCCUACAGGGCAGCCUGCACGAGGAGAUCUGGCUGCGCCGCCCACUUGGCUUCACUGGGUCGUUUCCUGCUGGUACCCAGUGGAGCCUCCGGCGGCCAGUCUACGGUCUCCGCCAGGCGCCCCGUGAGUGGCACGACACGCUCAGGACGACUCUUGCUGCUCUUGGUUUUUCUCCUUCCACUGCUGACCCUUCUCUGUUUCUACGCACUGACGCUACUCUGCCGCCGUUCUACGUUCUUGUGUACGUAGACGACCUUGUCUUUGCUACUGCUGACACGGAGGCACUCGCCCACGUGAAGUCCGAGCUGCAGAAGAGACACACGUGCACAGACCUGGGUGAGCUCACAAGCUAUCUUGGCUUGCGGAUCACCCGGGACAGAGCACAGCGCACCAUUACCUUGACUUAG